AUGGUUUGGGAACAUAUUUCAGCAACAAAACCGCAUGUCGCCUAUGCAGUAGUGGCAUUCUUUUCUGUUCUAUUUUCUCUUUCUUCCUUAUUUAUUAAAGAGAAAUUGUACUUGGGUGAAGCACCUUUGGCAACGAUAUAUGGUCUCAUCACAGGCCCCCACUGUUUGAACUGGUUUAAUCCGCUAAAAUGGGGAAACUGGAUGUCAAUAACUUUAGAAAUCAGUCGUGUUUUGCUAUGCAUAGAAAUUGUGGCUGUUUCGGUUGAGUUGCCUAAGAAAUACGUUUUGAGACAUGCUUGGUCGGUGUUUCUUUUAUUAUUCCCUUGUAUGAUUACAGGCUUUUUAUUGAUCGGUCUUUUCACGUGGGCAAUCUUACCCGGUAUCAACUUUUCUGAAGGUUUACUAAUUUCAGCAUGUAUCACUGCAACCGAUCCAGUUCUCGCGCAGGCAGUUGUCGGUAAGGGAAAGUUCGCUCAACGUGUGCCAGCACACUUGAGAAAUCUUUUGACAGCAGAAUCUGCAUGCAAUGAUGGAAUGUCUGUUCCAUUCACCUACUUGGCAUUAAAUCUCAUUGUAUAUGCCGGAAAUAGUGCGGAAAUUGCAAAGAACUUCCUUUGUGUCACCGUUCUUUAUGAAUGUAUAUUUGGAUGUGUCUUGGGCAUCUCGAUUGGAUAUAUUGGACGUAAGCUUUUGGCUAUAGCAGAACGAAGAAAGACAAUCGAUGCAGAGUCAUUUUUGGCAUUUUACGUGAUGCUAGCACUCCUCUGUGCAGGAUUUGGCUCCAUUUUGGGCUGCGAUGAUCUAUUGGCAUCGUUCUGUGCUGGAACAGCUUUUGCUUGGGAUGGUUGGUUUACAAGGAAAACGGAGGAAUCACAUGUUUCUACCGUUAUCGACUUGCUUCUCAACUUGUCAUUUUUCGUGUACUUCGGAUCCAUUAUCCCUUGGGAUGAAUUUAAUGACCAUGAACUUGGUCUCGACUGCUGGAGAUUGGUUUGCCUUGCUAUUUGCGUGUUGGUCUUCAGGAGAAUUCCAUCAAUCAUGGCAGUGAAACGAAUAUGUCCCGAUAUCAACAGCUGGAAGGAGGCAUUGUUCGUUGGCCACUUUGGCCCUAUUGGUGUUGGUGCUGUCUACACAGCAAUCGUCUCUGUCGCCGAUUUGGAAGCCGAGGCUUUGCAUAUUCGAGAAGGUCCAACGAUGGAUUAUCCGGACACACACACACACUAUCGGUUGAUGCGAAUCGUUUGGCCAUGUGUGACUUUCUUGAUUCUCACGAGUAUUAUUGUGCAUGGAACGUCGGUUGCCGUCAUAGUGCUAGGAAAGCAUCUUCAGAGCAUGUCGUUCACUCUUACGUUUACCAGAACGGAAACUACCGGUGGUGGCUGGACCACCAGACUUCCACGUAUUGAUAAAACUGGAAGAGCUUUGAUUCGGCACACGGACAACGGUGUUAGUGAGGAGGAGGCAGAGGAGGAGAGUGAUGAGACAGCCGUUGCAAAAGGAGAAGAGGAAAUUUCAGAAAACACCUUGCAUAACAUUACUGCAACUCCUGCUGGACUUCGUAGAAGGAGACUAAAGCAGAGGAGACUAAGACAAGUUAGAAGAAGAAAGAAGAAGGAACUCGAGCGACUCAGUAGAGAGGACAAUGGACGUACCGGUGCUCCAGAGCCUGUUCAAUUGGACUUGAGUCAGAAGAGAUCGCAUCUUUCUGAACAGGAAGAAUAUGGUAGUGAGUCUUCUUCAUCAUACUCUGUUUCGUCAGGUGGAACGAGCAACCAUGGAUCUCAUGAGGGAUCUGUAUACUCAGGUGGAUCAUACGGAAGCUAUUCCAGUGGCCAGCAGUCACAAUCCAUCGAUUCAGUGUCGGUGAUUGGUUCUGUACACGGAAACGAUUUGUUGGAACCACCUCCAGAGAGCGAAAAGCUAAUUCGUUCAAAAGAGAAGUUGCAACAGAUAAGGGAGCGCAAAGAAGCUCGCCGGAGAAAGCGGUUGUCAAAGUUAAAGGGUGUUCAAGAAGGUGGCGAGGAAGAAAAUGAAUCUGGUGCAGAGAAUGGAAUACCAGAGAAUGUGGAGUCAGAGGAAGAAAUAGAGUCAGAAGAAGAGAAGGGAAAGACAGUGAAUAAAAAUGCAAAGGUGGAAUUGCCGGCAUCUGCAGUGGUAAACCAGGAAGAAAACACACCAACAUCAUCAAUAGUGGUAGCACAAGAAAAGGAACAGGAUGAGAAGCAGGGCCUUAGGGCUGGGGAAGAGCCAAGAAACAGACUAGUUACGUGGAUCAAGGCACGUCCAGAAAUUUUAGAACACCUCAAGAAGCACUACGAUUUGAAAGAGUCAGACUUUGAUCCAAUUGCAAAGAACGGAGAGUUGCAGAUUCCAGCACAUGGAUACAAAGAUGGUAAACAAUUGAUCAUCGAGGACCAACGUGGUGAGAUUAUGCGGCGUAUUCCACGUAUUCCAGAUGAGUCUGAUCAGGCCAGUAUAAUCAGUACGGGUACUAUUGGCAGUAUCCGUCCUACAAUACAGACCAUCAAGAGGACAUUGUCACGAAUUGGAUCCAGGGUUGGCGACGUUGAGCCUGAGCCAAUAGAGGAAAAGAAGAACGAAAAUAUCCAUAGUGUUCUGCACGGAGACGAUGCCUCUCCAAUAAAUCCACUAAGAAGGGUUGUGAAGACUGUUUUACCUAGGAAGGAAGAAACGUCGGAAAAAGGUGGAACGAUCAGAGAUCGUCUAAGUGGUGCUUUGAGUAACAAGCGGAAAGGUCGGAAAUUGCACAUUUCUGAGAAAUUGCACGGCUUCCGUCUCAACGAUACAAUCAUCAUCGAGGAUUCAGAUGGUAACAUUGUCGCUACGUAUAAGAUCAAUCCAAAGGCUUUGCAUGCGGAGAAAAUCCCAUCUUUGGGUGGGAAGAUAUUCCAACACUUGGGUAUGGCUAAGAAAAACGGUAUCAACGAUGAUGAGGAGACCAACUUGAAGUCGAACGCAACAUUGAUUCCAGAAAAUGACACCAUCGACGAUAGCAGAUUAGAGAGUAAGAUAAGAGCCUUUAUGGAAAACCCAAAUAAGGUGAGAAUCACCAGAAAAGAUGCUCGUGAGGCAGCCAGAGCACGUUUAAGGAGACAUUUGAAAGAAAUAGACAAGGAGAUACGUGAGAGUGGCAAUGAUGAUGGAGAUCAGAACGAAGUGGAUGACAACUUUGAAUAUUACGAGGAUGGUGAUAUCGGAGGUGAAACAGACGAUGCAAGUGCAAAUGAAAAAGAUGAAAAUAAAGAAAGGGCCCAGGAGAAUAGCGAAAAUUCGGCCUCAACGGGUAGCAGCAAGGAUCAAAAUGAGGACGAUAGAGAAGAGCGCUUAACUAGGGAUUUGAUUGAGAAACAAAAGGCUGAAGGACAGGCAAGAAGAAGACGCCGGGAGGGAUCGAUGACCCGUAGGAUGCGUGCUUCCAAAAAAGCGGACAAGAAUUAA